UUGAAAAACUAAGAAUGACCUCUCGUAGCUAGGCUGUGCUUGUUCCUAGAAGCAAAAGUGGCUAUUUUAGAAACACUUUUCAUGCAAUGGAUCAAAAUAAACCGCAAGAAGAGGACUAUGGAUAUAACCUAUUCCCGGAGAGGAAUUCGGGAAAGUUCCAAAAGGGAUCUAUAGCAGAAAGCUUGUUCACUUUCAAUCACAAAUGUCAGGUCAUGCUACAAUUCGCAAUGGAAACAAGUCCAUAUGCAAAGCUUCUCCUUGGAGCCAUGAAAAGCUCAGGAUGUGCAGUGUACAAAGAUAGACAUUUCUCCUGUGAAGACUGUGAUGGGACUGUCAGUGGUGGUUUUGAUGCAACAUCAUCACAAAUUGUUUUGUGUCAGAAUAAUAUUCACCAGCAGUCCCACAUGAACCGAGUGGUUACACAUGAGCUCAUCCAUGCCUUUGACCACUGCCGGGCGCAUGUGGAUUGGUUUAACAACUUCAAGCACUUGGCCUGCUCAGAGAUUCGAGCAGCCAAUCUCAGUGGGGAUUGCUCCUUCCACAAUGAAGUAUCCAGGUUCAACUUUGGCCUCAGGAAGCACCAUCAGGAAUGUGUUCGGGGACGUGCCUUGCGUUCCAUCCUUGCUGUUAGGAAGGUGAGCCGAGAGGAGGCAGAGAAAGUGGUGGACGAGGUAUUCGAUACCUGCUUCAAUGACCACGCCCCCUUUGGCCGCAUCCCACAUGACAAGAAGGAUGCCAAUUUUGCCUACAGAGAUUUUGAGAACCGAGAUCGGUAUUACGCAAACCUUUAAUGUGUUAUUACAUGCACAAAUUAAUUUUUAUUUAAUUUCCAUGGGUGCUAUUGUGAUGAUCCUUGCAGAAAGCUGGGCAACCUACCACUGCCCUCAGCAGAAUGACUGUGUCAAAAAUGGUAUGAAAUUACCUCCUGAAGGGAAAUAUUCAGAGGUCUUUCUCUCUGUCAUUUAAAUAAAUCAAAUGAUAUAAUAAAUUAUAUGUUUUUAUGGCACACUUUUGUGGACUCUAAUGCUAUAACUAAAGAAUAUGAUGGAGAGGUUUCCUUCUUGGCAUUGAUAAAUGUGGCCCAAAUAUUAUUUUUGUCAUCCUUUUAGAGAGGUUCCAAAGUUUGGUCUUUAUGUAGGGUAUAUGAUGCCUUUGAAACUUAUUUCAAGACUGAAAGGUGGGAACAGAUUUACAAGGGGGACUGUCCACCCCUCUACUCUGCCAUGUAACUGAACUGGGAGUUCACUGUAAAUAGAUUUUAUUGUACUGUACUGAAUAAGUUGAAAUAAAUAUUUGAUUAUUAUGAAUAAUAUGA